ACUACAUGGAUGAUAUAACCGAAGAGACACUUGAACGCAUUCUACGGCUUCAUAGCUUCUUAAUUUUACCAGCGUUCCAAAAGCGAUCGAAACCAGGCUUCACAGAAGCUCUCACAGCAAUACUUACAAGGAGAGGACUAGCGGUCGACCCAGAGAAGCUCAACGGCUGUGAAUUUUACGGACCACUGGAUUGGGUGACUGGACAGCACCUCACAUCAUUCGAAAUCAAAGAUAUCGCGCGUAUAAUCAACUUUCCUUUACCUGCUCAACGAAAAAGGCCGGAGACAGCUGCACAAGCUGUGCCUGAGGUGCCUACGCAAGCAGGGACGAAAACGGAAGGUACGACCGUUAUCGAAUCUACAACACUAUCAUCAACCCUAACCCCCAUCACAAUGAGCGAACCUACUCCAGUACCAGGAUGGAUUACCUCCAUCUUUCAAACUAAUAUUCAACCGCAUAUUUCCUACUCCAAAACACAAUACAAAAGAGAUGUGGUCUACAUCUUGACAUUACUGCGGCGUAUUUCCGAAGAACAACAGACGCAAUUCGCGGGACUCAUCAGGGAAACCGAUUAUACGCAGGCUCGGGCAUUAGCUGCGUGCAUGGAUACUGCAAAAUAUGAGGAGUUUUUAGCAAUAGCACGGGACGCUAUCAACAGCUCUGGAUAUCCCGCUAAUAACAUCGAGACCUUCCGACUUUUUAUGGAGAGAUUCCGCGCCGGACCAUCUGAACGGGCUCCAACGGAGAUAGACAUAGCCAACGGCCAACCCGGGACAGAUACAGGAAACUAUCCAGAAGAACGACGGGGCCAACUCGAAGCGAUCGAAUCACGUGAACCGUCAGGUAGACAGGAAAGUAGUUCAAGUGGACAGUCUCAUCAAAAUACAAUGCAGGAAUCCCUUACAGAGUGCAUCUUUCAAUUAGAACAGCGCUUCAAGAAGAGCUCAUUUGAAGCGCGACAAGAGGCUGAUAAGCUCAAAUUCCGUUUCGCAAAGGAGAAAGACCUGCCACUAAGAGAGUAUGUAGAAAGGAAGGUCAUACUCCUCCAGGAAGCCAACAUCAAGGAGGAGGACGAAAUCGUCACCAGAGUCUGGGAAAAUCUUGACCCAGUCAUCAUGAAUACAAUAAGACAGGAGGACCUGUCCCUCGACGAGUUCACCAGACGACUGUUUCUACGGGAAGUCCCAGCUAGACUUGCUUGGAACCAACUGAACCGAUUCGCUCCUACACAUACCUCACCCAGAGCAUAUCCUAAAUCCAAGUACAAGGACGACAAACCUGAACGUCAGAAGGACAAGCAAACCGAAAAGGACACCAAGAAAGAAAUUCCUAGUAAACGCGAAUGA